UUUUCCCUAACAGCAUCCUUAUCCAUUAAGUGUUACGAAAGGAGGAAUGCAUGUUUAUUACCCCAGUAAUCUGUCACAAAUGACUCUCUCAUCCGCGCUAAACAGUAUAUAUAAAGCUAAGCAUAUUUUGACAACAGUUUAGAAACUGUCUGAACAAUAUGUCGUCACAAUAUGUUGUAUUAUUCUUCGCUCUUGUUGUUUUUAUUCUUGCUGAAACAGCGCUUGCAAAUCCAAUAGAUAACACCGUCGAUGGCGUCAAACAAUGUCAUUUUCGAUGUGGUCAAGCGCCAUGGCAUGUAGCUGGUCAAUGUAACACCACAACUGGUCGUUGUAAAUGCGUUUAUGGCUGGAGUGGUCCUAACAGCCGAUACAUCCCAGGAACGCGUAACAUUAUCGAGGCGGAUUAUUGUAUGGACGCUUGUCAUUACACCCACGAUCACAGAAAUCCUCGUUGUAUUUACAAACAAAAAGGAAAUUUUGUUAAAGAAUGCGAUUCAAAAUGUGGAAAAGGAAUAUUUUACGGAACAGGAGAAUGUCAAGAAAGCGGACAAUGUUUAUGUUGGUGGGGUUGGACAGGUCCUGGUGCGAAAUACGUUAGUGGGGGAGCGUCAGAUAAACAAAUAACGGCUGAUCAAUGCACGAUGAGAUGUCACUAUACGCAUGAUUAUAGUAACCCACUUUGCGCAAGCUAUUAAAGAUGGUACAUCCUAAACAGAGGAUUCAUGAAUUCCUUCCGUAUUGACAGUAAACAUAUGAGGGACAAUUAUACACAAACUGGCGUUGCAAACCAAAUUUUUUUUGGCAAGUGAGAGAUCUCUAGUUAAGGAACUCUUAUUGUAACGUUUGUAAAUACUAUAAUUUAUUGACUAUAUUCAAAAUUGGCAAAAUUUUCUUCUUCAGCUCUAUAACCAGGGAGAAGAUAUUUCUUGUGAUUAAUUUUACAGUAUUUUAUAGCGAUAUUUCGCCCACUUUAAAGGAAGAAAGUUUUUUAAUUUCAUGAUUUUGGACCUAAAAUUAUAUUUUCUGAAAUCUCUUUCACAAGAUAAAAAAAAUUCCUUUACAUCACUUCUAUCAUUGUUUUAAGGCUUCGUGCAGUAAUUUUAGGCAACUCUUUGAAUCGAUCCAAAAUCACUUGUUUUUUCACGCUAUUUCAAGAUCUCCUUGAACAUAUAUUAA